AUGUCGCUUCGUCCCGUGCUCCCCGUCCUCAGAGCAGCAGCUGAAUCCUGCUCCUCCUCUCGCAGGUUGGCCCACGCUCGCAUACGCAACUACGCCUCAGAGGCUGCACUCCCAGAGAGCAAACCCUCCACCUAUGGCCAGCCUCUCUUCCAGACGCAUCCUCAUCUCCUCAAACAGGACGAACUGACCCCAGGUAUACGCGCCACCGAAUAUGAACGCCGGCGAAAGCACCUUAUGGACAGUCUCCCCGCAAACAGUGUAGUCAUAUCAGUUGCCGCACCUAUCAAAUACAUGAGCGCAAACAUCUUCUACAAAUACCGCCAGAAUUCAGACUUCUGGUAUCUUACUGGCUUCGAGGAGCCAGACGCCGCCGUCGUAUUAGAGAAAACCUCGACUUCCAAGGGUUACAGGAUGACGCUAUUUUCCAGCGGCAAGGAUUCCGACAAGGAGAAAUGGGAUGGUGCAAGGACAAGCUUCCAUGAUGCGACAUCCAUCUUCCGUGCCGACGAAGCCAUGUCCAUCCAAGACUUCCCCAGCCACCUCAAAUCCCUCACUAGCCUCUACUCGACUGUCUACGUCGAUCUCCCACCGCACGCCACGCGCAAGGGCCGCCCAGCCAAGUCCCUCCUACGCUACCUCUCCCCCGCCGUCGGCCCGCGCUCCGAGUACGAAUCCAUCCUCGAGUCGCUCUCCAGCGCUCGCCGCAAGUCGCUAGCCCCGCAUGUCUCCAAGCUCCGCGCUAUAAAAAGCGAGGACGAGCAGCGCGUCAUGCGGGCUGCCGCAGAUAUAAGUGGCCGUGCACAUGCCAAGACGAUGCGCUUUACCCGUCCUGGCAUACCAGAGGCGGCGCUGGCUGCCCAUUUUGAGUACCUGUGCAGUCUAUCAGGUUCACAGCGCCAAGCAUACGUGCCGGUGGUCGCGUCAGGUCCAAACGCUCUUAUAAUACACUACACGUACAACAACCAAGUUGUGCACGAUGGAGAAAUGGUCCUCAUGGAUGCGGGAUGUGAAUACAAUGGAUAUGCAUCAGACAUCACGCGUACAUACCCUGCCUCUGGUAAAUUCACCGAACCUCAGAGGGACCUAUACUCUGCAGUCCUCUCCGCACAGAAGAUGCUUGUCAGCAUGUGUUCAGAGUCUCAUGGUCUCUCACUAUACGAUCUGCACCGCAAGUCAUGCGAGCUCCUUCGCCAGGAGCUGAGACAACUCGGAUUUGAUCUGCGCUCAGGCGACCUUGAGCGGUGCCUAUAUCCGCAUUUCCUCAGCCAUCCCAUUGGCAUUGAUCUGCACGAGUCUAGUCAGGUAGAACGGUCCAGCCAACUCAAGGAGGGCAUGGUCAUCACCGUCGAGCCGGGCAUCUACGUACCCCCCACCCCGCAAUUCCCUACGCAUUUCCAUAAUCAAGGUAUUCGCAUCGAGGAUGAAGUGCUCGUAGGCAAGGAACACCCAGUCGUCAUUAGCGUCUCAGCUCCGAAAGAGGUCGUAGACGUAGAAGGCGCAUGCCAGGGACUGCUCGGGCUAGAACCUCUUUAA